UCCGAGUGUAUGGGAUUCCGUCAACGGCCACGGCAGGGCAGGGCCCAAUCUACCUGAUCUUAGCUACCUCCCGUAUCAGAGCUAGUCCUGCCAGCAUGCACAUCAUCAGUAGUGGAAGGAGGUAGAACUAACUUACACAGGUACUACCGGCUUUUCCGCCUCGUGCACCCUCCCGACUACCACUGCUAGAAGGCCACCACCCUGACAAGCAUAGUUCUAUCUUCCAUUACUACAUGUACCUACCUUGUUGAUUAACUUCAUCUCCCUACCAACGUAGCCCGAAACCGGACAGAUCUUCACACACCCACAAUGCCACGCCUCAGGAGUUGGCUCCAGAUUGACCCUAUCAGUCACUUCUCGAUGCACAAUAUCCCCUUUGGCAUCAUAUCGACACCAUCCUCGCCACAGCCACGAACUGCUAUUGCCAUUGGGAGCUAUGCCUUGGAUCUGCAUGCCUUCGCGCAGGGCAAUGGCUUCUCCAAGCUUUCUGCAAUUCAGCCUCACCAAGCAGUCUUCUCGCAACCCACUUUGAAUGCUUUCGCCGCCCUCGGACGACCCAUCCAUAAGGUAGUGCGUGAGUAUCUGCAGAGCGUCCUCGUUCGUGAUGGCCCCUUUCCAGACGUCCUCCAGCAGAACGAAGCACUGCAGAAGGAGGCGCUUCUCCCUCUUGAUCAGGUCAAGACCCAUUUGCCCAUGCAGAUUGGUGACUAUACGGACUUCUACGCGGGAUUGAAUCACGCCUAUAAUGUCGGUGUGCUCUUUCGCGGUCCCACGAAUGCCCUACAACCAAACUACAAACACUUGCCGGUUGGUUAUCAUGGACGUGCCAGCUCUGUAGUCGUCUCGGGAACGCCCAUCAGGAGACCGAAUGGCCAGAUACUUGCCAAUCCGACUGCGGAGAAGAAAGUGCCCAUUCUGAGUCCCUGCAAGAAGCUUGAUAUUGAACUUGAGCUCGGCUGCUUCGUGUGCAAGCCGAAUACAAUGGGUCAGCCGAUUAGCGUUGAUGAUGCGCCUGAUCAUCUGUUUGGCGUCGUGCUCAUGAACGACUGGUCUGCACGAGACAUUCAGGCCUGGGAGUACGUGCCCCUCGGUCCUUUUAAUUCGAAGAACUUUGCGACCACCAUCUCUGCAUGGGUAGUCUUGAUGGACGCUCUCGAGCCCUUCAAAACGACCGGAUUAGCGAACGAUACACCAUUACUGCCCUACCUGGAUGAGAAAGGCAGACAAUCGCACUACAAGAUUGACCUCUCGUUCGCGAUUACGCCCAACGGAGGCUAUACAACCAGCGUGGCGCAGACUUCGGCAACGCAGCUGCUUUUCUCCUUUCCUCAAAUGCUUACUCACCACACCGUUGGAGGCUGUCCUUUCAACGUCGGUGACCUCAUGGGAUCUGGAACCAUCAGCGGCAAGACGAAAGAAGAGAAGGGAGCAUUAUUGGAGCAAAGUGAGAAUGGCAAGGAAGUAGUGGAGCUUGCCGAUGGAGUGACUCGCACAUUCCUCGAAGACGGCGAUACUGUAUCAAUGACAGGUCACUGUGGUUCGGAGAGCUAUGGCAUUGUUGGCUUUGGCGACUGCAUUGGACGCAUAGAACCUGCCAUAGACAUGAAAUCCUGAUCAUAUGUACGCUAUAGCAAGUAUUGAUGUCAGAGUAGAAAAAUGGACUUCACGAAC